AUGUCUCUGCCAGAGCAAUUCUCCAAACCCGAUCACCCUCCAGACCCGAAAGUGCCUCCGACCUCGGCUUCGCAACACGGUAUCAGCGCCUUCCAUAUAAACCAAGCAAGAGAACAAGUAAAGCUUCACACACUGGGCCGUUUACCGCCUACCGCUAGCGCCAGUGCUGUAGCCAGAGGUCCAGAACAUACUGCAAACACAGUUAUUCAGAAUACCCAGGACCUUCAUGCCAGAGUGCCCUUGAGGAACCCCUCUCUAGGUACUACAGCUGCUCCAAACUACAGUGAUCCCCAUCACAAUCAUUACACAAAGGCACAAGUUUCGGUGCCAGCGAAAAGUCACAAUGGGAAAUGUGAGAACCCACAGUGUGGCCAUUGUGGCACUGUGAUCAUUCCUCUGCCGAAGGCGUCGUUUCCGUUUGAGCAGAACCCCUCGAUUACAGUAAACGAUUGGAGCAUAUACACGAUGAAGGGUCCAAUUCUCCUGCUGGACGAAUUGGACCACUUGAAUGACACGAGGUUCGAGUUUCCUUUGCCAGAGAUGAUAUUUGGCAAUAACCACGUGCGAUUGGUCAACGACAAGACGGGCGCAGCUAUUGAAUUCAACACCUUGGAUGCGUUGGACUCACUAAACGAAGAGGCCGAUUUUAAGGUCAGUUACUAUGAAGAGUGGCUCAGCACGCGGCCCAAGGCUAAAGCUGAUGCCGUGAACAAAGAGGCUUUAUCAGGAUCCGGUCCCGCAUCUGGGUCUGGCUCGGUAUCGGGGUCAGAGCUUGAAUCUGUGAAACCUUACGAUUGGACCUACUCUACAAACUACAAGGGCACACUAACGAAGGCUCAAUUUAAACCUACAGAAAAGGCUAUUCCGGUGCAGAAGCUUCUUCGACCCGACCCCAUCUUGUUCUUUGAUGAGUCCAUCUUGUUCGAGGACGAGCUAGGCGACAAUGGCAUUUCGAUGCUCUCCACCAAAGUUAGAGUGAUGCACCUGUGCUUGCUUCUCUUGUGUCGGUUCUUCUUGCGUGUGGAUGAUGUGGCCUUCAGAAUCAGAGACACGAGGGUUUUCAUUGACUUUGAGUCGAACGAAGUGUUGAGAGAGUACAAGACCCAGGAGGCUCUGUACGAUGAUAUGUGCCAGAAACUACCCAGAACAGCUGAUCCAAAGAGACAUUUGCGGGACGCUGGUUGGGUCUCCCAAAACAUGCCUCUAGUGAAUCGUGAAAUAGAAGAGCUCGUAGGUGAGCUGAGUAAAGAAGCCAGUCUACAGUCCUGA